AUGGCUAUGGAAGAUGAAUAUAAGGCUCUUAUUAAAAAUCAGACGUGGGAAUUAGUACCUCGCCCACCUAAUGUGCAUGUUGGCGUGGAUUGUGGUGAUACUUUUAGCCCGGUGGUGAAACCGGUGACCAUCCGCACUGUUCUCAGUCUAGAUGUCUCUAAUGCUUGGCCUAUUCACCAACUUGAUGUGAAAAAUGCUUUCUUACAUGGUGAACUCGAGGAAACUGUCUACAUGCAUCAACUCGAUUUGGGACCACUCAGUUAUUUCUUAGGAAUAGCAGUUACUCGUUAUGCAGGUGGUUUAUUUUUAUCUCAAAAGAAGUACGCCGAAGAGAUCAUAGAACGAGCUAGCAUGUCAUCUUGUAGGCCAAGUGCCACUCCAGUUGACACCAAACCGAAGUUAAGUGCCACCUCUACCUCACCGUUUAAGGAUCCUUCACUUUAUCGCAGCCUGGCAGGUGCUCUGCAAUAUCUCACGUUCACGAGACCAGACAUUUCGUAUGCUGUGCAACAGAUUUGUCUAUUCAUGCAUAACCCGAUGGAGGUCCACAUGAAUGAUCUCAAACGUAUUGUGCGCUAUAUUAAGGGCACCCUUGAUCAUGGUUUGCAUCUUUAUCCAUCUAAACCCACCACUCUCAUUUCGUAUACGGAUGCAGAUUGGGGUGGUAGUCUGGAUACCAGGCGUUCGACUUCUGGUUAUUGUGUCUUUCUUGGUGAUAAUCUCAUUUCUUGGUCCGCCAAGCGGCAGGCCACCAUGUCUCGAUCUAGUGCGGAGGCCGAAUAUCGAGGGGUAGCCAAUGUUGUUGUUGAGUCUUUUGGAUACGCAAUCUGCUUCUAG